AUCAACAAUGAUAAUGGUGAAUUCUAUGUGGUUAUUGAGAAUAUUAAGAUACUCACAACUCAGUGUCUCAGUUCUCUUAAAUGUAGAUGGAAGCAGCUAAUAUCUGUCUAUGGUUUAUAUAUUGAAAUGUCAUAAACUUGACAAUGAUUCUAUUGUAUUUAUUGAGUGUUUUUGUGAUUUCUUUAGCGGCGGAGGAUAUAGUUAUAAGGGACGCAGGUAUUUUUGAUAUUAAAGAAGGAGACAUAGCUAUUAUUUUUUACGUCACCAUCGAAAAUACGUCCGAAAAAGACACAGGCAUUUCGGUUUCUAUGAAUAAGUGUUGUGAUGAAGCCCAUACAAGCGAUAGAUAUAGCUGCGAUUCGAUGUAUAUAAUCGGUGGUUACAUGGGAGUUCUAAAAUCUAAACACACAAUGAACGCCACUCUUAUUUACCCCAAUAUGUACACAUAUUUUAGACAAGGUACUUGUACGAUUACUGUCAAUUACAGAUUGGAUAAAUAUGACAAAGUUUUAACAAAAAUGAUUAAUUUUCGAACUAAUAAUACUGCCGAUGAAAGCUACUCGGGUCAAAAUCAAUGCGCAACUGUUGAUCUAGAUUCUCAAGAUAACUGUAAUCGCGUGGAUUGUGUUUUGAAGUAUUCUGGCGAAAGAAACUACUUCAAUCCAUCUACAAAAGAAUGUGAACGUGUUCCCGUUUGUGUGAGUGAUCCCACAAACGGAGUGGAAAUUGGAUAUUCGUUGAUAACUAACCAAUGCAUCAAUCUCAGGGACACAAUCCAACCUUCUGAUAUAGAAUUCUUGGACAGUAACCAAGCGGAUGUUAUAGACGACAUGAAUAUGUAUCAAACGAAUAAAAUUUGUCAUCGUGGAGAGAUAGAUUUCUCAAAUACAGAAUGUGUUUGUUCAAGUGGCUGGCGCACUAGUUUAUCAGGAGACGAUGUUUACGAACCGUCUCUUCUACUCUACCACAUGUGCAACGUUGAAACCGGUACAUGGAAUUGUGUAAACAAAACCAAAAUUCAAACUACAAUCCUCAUAAUAUCGAUUUUGGUACUUACUGUAGCAUCCAAAGUACUAAUUGUCAUGUGUAUUUUAACUUGGUGCUACAAACAUUUUACAAAGAGUAAUGUGAUUGUCUGCACCAGCAAAGAAAAAGAUGACUACGAGAAACUUUUGAUCCAAAAUCCGUUGGAAGAUAAUGAUAAAUGUAUUUGUACAGAUUUAAAGGAGAGGAAGAAGAUUCCGAGUCUAUACAAACAAACUGUUGAUAUUAGUUAUUAUCCUGGUAGAAGGGAUUCCUAUAAAAUGGCUUCUGAUGCUUCAAAAUCCAGAGCAAAUAAGGAAGAAGAAUAUAGUAUUCAGUUAGAACAUUCUAGUAGCUCUAGUAACGAUGAUGACACGACAGAAAACGAAGACAAUAUUAAUGAAUCUUCAGAACAAAAAAAAAUUAAUGAAGCGGAAUCAUUGCCAAAAAACUCGAAACCCGAAGAAGAAACCGAAACAACAGAUUACAGUAUACGUUUAAGUAAUACAACUAGCUCUAAUCCUGGAAUUCAUCCCACUGAUGAUUCUACCGAAUCUGAAGAAUACGUCGUCGAUUUGGAGAAAAACGAAGAACCUCAUCAACCACAAUAAUCAAAAAGUUUUAAAUUUUUGUACAACUUGUUAUACUUUUAAUUUCGUUAAUUUUUUCCCUCAAUUUGUUUGGAAAAUCUAAAGUAUUAAUUACAAUUUGCUCGAGUGAUUUUGUCAAUUGAGUGACUUCUGAAAUAAUUAAAAUUUUUCAAGAACAAAAGAUUAUAGUUACUGAAGGACUGAAUCAAAUAAACGAAUAGCGAGGAAAGGAACACAAUGAGAUAAUGAAAUAGGUUAAUAAGAUCACAGGAGUUAUUUAAAGUAUACAAAAUUGGAAUAUUUUCAUCGAGAAUACGACGUAACAUACAAAAUUUAAACAUACGAAAGUGAAACAUAGGUUUUAACAAACACUAAAGAAACAUAAAUAGUUAUCUGGAAAAUGUUGAGAAAGAAUAAAAACAAUUGAAAACUGAAGAUUUAUAAGAAACAAGUAGCUGAAGAAUCUGAUUUAAAUACUGAUUAUUAACAACAUACAUAAAAGCUUAAACAGAAAGAUAGAAAAAGGAUGCUUCAAACGUAAAAAGUAUAAAGGAUCAUUAAAGAAGAUAACACAGAUAAAAUGAGUAGAGGAAGGUCAAAAAUAUUUGCAUGCAGUACAGAUAUUGGAGAGGAUAUGUUGGGAAGAAUUGAUAAAGCGAUUGAAGAAGCUGAAGACCGAUGAGAAAGGAAGAAUCUCAAGUUUUAAAUCCUUAAGGCUAGAAUGUGAACAAUAUUAAUUAAAUUCAAAACUUGCUGUAGUCCUUGAA